CGAGGCAAGAAGUACGACUGGAAACCAUAUUUUCUGCUUCAAUUCCGUCGUGAGACACAGAGAAAGGGAGCGGAGCGAUGUCUCGGGUUUUUGAAGGCUGUCGGGUUCUGAUGAAAACGGCGAGGACCUGGGUGAAGGCGGCGGCCGCCCCCAAGGCUGAAGGGGCGGCGGCGGCCGCCCCUAAGGCUGAAGGGGCGGCGGCGGCGGCGGCGGCGGCGAAGCCCAAGAACAACCCGAUGCUCAGGCCGCUGCCCGUCUCCCCCGCCAUGAGGAAGUUCGUCGGCGCCCUGGAGAUCUCGCGCCCCGAGGUCGUCAAGAAGAUCUGGGAGCACAUCAAGCUGAACCAGCUCCAGAACCCAACAAAUAAAAGGGAGAUUCUCUGUGAUGAGAAACUGAAGACCCUAUUUGAUGGGAGAGACAAAGUUGGGAUGUUGGAGAUUGCAAGUUUGAUCACCCCUCAUUUUCAGAAAUCUAGCUAAACUGAUUAAAUUAUCAAAAACAGAAAUUUAGGUGUUCUUUUGUGAUCCACGUUCAGUUUGUUCUAACAGUCAACGUGACCUUUUAGAAUUUGGUUUUUCUUGUUAUGACCAGGAUUUAGUUGAAUUAACUACCAUUUGUGUACAAAAUGUGGCAGCCUUUUACGUGUCUUUGCUUUAGUUUGAUUAC